GGGACAGAGGUGGUACAGAGGGAGCACCUCGGUCACAGGCAUCUCAGUUGAGCAUGGCAACGCUCGGGCUGCUGCUGCUGGCUUCCUGGGCUCUCACUGGGACUCUGCAGCUGCAGGCUGAUGCGAGGCCAGCGCCCUAUGGGGUGAAGUUGUGUGGCCGCGAGUUCAUCCGAGCGGUCAUCUUCACCUGCGGGGGCUCACGAUGGCGCAGGGCAGACAUCUUGGCCCACGACUCUCUGGGGGACUUCUUCCCGGAUGCAGAAGCCAACACGGACCACUUGGCCAGCGAACUGGACGAAGCUGUGGGCUCCAGCGAGUGGCUAGCCCUGACCAAAUCCCCCCAGGCCUUCUAUGGUAGUCGACCCAGCUGGCAAGGGGCGCCUGGAGCGGUGAGGGGCAGCAGAGAUGUCCUGGCUGGCCUUUCCAGCAGCUGCUGCGAGUGGGGCUGUAGCAAGAGCCAAAUUAGCAGCUUGUGCUAGGACCCGGGUGGGGAAGCGUGCGGUGCCUCCAACCUGCGAUGCUCACGACCAUUCCUAUACGCAAAGCGUUCACUGAAGCCUCCGCCAAGACGCGGUGUGCCAACCCAUUCCCACCUUGCUCCGGGCCACACUCCUACCUAGCCAAACAGAAACUUGAUCUUCGCGGCUGAGUUCUUCCCCUCCCCAACCCCAGCCCCAGAGAGCCUGGCUGCAGCCAGGUGCCCACCUAUUCAAACUGGCCACCCUGAGCACCCGCGCCCUGUGCGGACCUAAUUGCCGCGCUGUUUCCCGGCCAGGCCAGUGUAACCUGCCCCCUGCUCCUCUCCCUUCGGUCUCCAACCCAAAGCACUCCGCAUGCCGACCCCAGGGCUGGGGACGCGGGGGCCCCCAGUACUCAGACUUUCC